CUUUAGGAAAUUGAAAUCUUAAAAAGGAGAGCGUACUUAAUUAACUUAUCUUUGUAUAUCUUAGAAUGCCACGUGGAAAAGCGACCGCUGCAACCAACAAAACUGCAACUGCACAAAGUAAUGUUAAGAAAAAUAUAUCUCAACACAAGGAUGAAGUCAAUUCACAAAUAAAAUUGCAAGGUCAGGAAAUAGAGCCAGAGGAAGACAUAAGCUACGCUCAAAAUAAAAGUCCCAGUCUAGAUUUAAGCAAAUUCAAAUAUGAAAAGAAACCUCACAUCAAAAUUGAAUAUGAAAAAGAAUCUCCAGUCAAACAGGAAGCCAAAGGCCUUUGGGAACCACCUCACUGGCAGGAGUUUCUCCUCAACCUGAGAAAUAUGAGGGCCAAUAAAGAUGCCCCUGUGGAUACUAUGGGUUGCCACAUGUCUUCUGAUCCUACAGCACCACCUGAAGUGAUCAGAUACCAGCAUCUCAUUUCCUUGAUGCUAUCAAGCCAAACAAAGGACCAGGUUACAUUUGCGGCCAUGGAGCGACUUCGAGAGAGGGGGCUCACCAUAGACAAUGUGCUGAGCAUGAGCGAUGAUGAACUGGGGAAGCUGAUAUACCCUGUGGGAUUCUGGAAGACUAAAGUGAAGUACAUAAAGAAGACAACACAAACCUUGAAGGAGCAGUACAACGGAGACAUACCCGACUCGGUGGAGAAACUUUGCAAGCUGACUGGAGUCGGUCCCAAGAUGGCACAUAUUUGUAUGAGUGUUGCUUGGAACAAGGUCACUGGCAUAGGUGUUGACACCCAUGUGCACAGGAUUAGUAACAGGAUAGGUUGGGUGAAGAAGCCAACAGCCACUCCUGAAGACACCCGCAAGGCCCUGGAGGCCUGGCUGCCUUUUGAGCUCUGGGGUGAGGUCAACCACCUACUUGUAGGCUUCGGACAAACAAUCUGCCUACCCAUUGGCCCAAACUGUGAGGAGUGCUUAAACAAUGACAUCUGCCCUUCUAGAGGCAUAAAGUCACCUAAGAAAACGACUCCCAUGAAAGUUAAAGAAGAAAUUGACCCAUUAGAUGUUAAGAAAAAAAAGCUGUGAAAAAAGUUUUGAAAAACUUGAAACUUGAUGUAGAUGGGGUAACAUUGAAUGUUCCAAAUGCAAAAGUUCCAAAAGUGAGAAAAAUAAGUCCCAAAAAAGAAAUUGUAAAAAAUGAAGACAGCAAUCAAGAAGUCAAUUUAAAAAU